GCGAUAGGAGCAACAGGUCUCUUCAUUAGUGAUCCUGAUACCGCGCCGACACGACUCGAUUGGCGCCAAAAAAGAUUGUAUUUCGCAACAUAUUAUAGCUGAUCUCUCGCGGUGCACCUUUACUUGAGUUCAAAUUUGAAGGAUCCACAACUUGGCUGAUUGAAAGGAGAAAUUGUACACGUUUGGUGAAGAAAGUUCUGAAAGUGACAUAAAAAUACGUGAAAGUUGGAUAUAGUGUUGAACUGAUAGCAAACGAAGAAAGUCGAAUUGAAAAGGACUGCUAAAGUGAAUAAAGAACAUUCGUGAAAAAAGACUGUUGAAAGUGAUAAGUGAAGCUACAAAUCCGAGUUUUAAAACUGCGACGGGAAGCCGAUUUAAAAAGCAACAGAAUGAUUACCCAUUGGAGCCUGCUGAUAGCCGUGGGAUUGAUGGCCUUUGCCAGCCCGACGUUGGCUCGUCAGGACCCGUACCUACCGCGGGCGGACAUCCCCGGCGAAGAGCUCUACAACGAGCUGGCCGAUGAGGUGCAGAAGCUGCACAAAGAGGAGCUCAAACUGCUGCAAAUUAUGGGCAACAUGGCCGCCAAGCAGCAACAGGAGGAGGAACUGCUGCAGCAGGAGCUGGCGAAGCAGCAACAGCAGCAAAGCGGUGACGAUUCACUGGGAUCGCUGCUGGAUGAGCUUCCGGCGGAGAACCCGGUCAAAGCUUUGAACCGAUUGUCCAGGCUUCAGGAGCAUCCCAAGCCAAUUAGCGCCCAGAAGCCUAGGGAAGAGAAGAAAAGCAAUCAUUACAUGUCUCUGUGCCACUUUAAACUGUGCAACAUGGGACGCAAAAGGAACACCCGAUACUUGAGUUUCUGGAACUAAAUGAAACCUCACCAAUGAAGACUCAACUGAAGAUACUCAAUACCGCUAAAACACACAAUGAGAAAUACUCAUCACCAACCAAUGAGAUGAUACAAGCCAGAGAACAAAGCAACCCAAUGUCCCCCAUCCAUGAUGAAACAACCCCCGCAGCAAUGCUCAAAGUAGGCGGUGCUUUCGCGCCCCGCCUACAGCGUCAUCCCCUGGUAACAAACUGUAUUACAAACCAUCAUCGCAACCCGGUGAUUACGGAACGAGAUCCCGACCAUAGACCAGUCGUAUUAUAUAUGAACCCGCAUAGAUUCAAAAUUUUCAGCGCUACACAUCCCCAUCCGCAUUCGAACCACAACCACAACAAAACAAAAAAUCAAAACUGUAUUAGCAAAUUUCCUACUUUUAGUUCAAUGGACGAAAAGUAUUCGAUUAUUAUAGGCGUUUGUUUUAGCUUUAAAUUAUUACCAGUGUUUAAGUUCUCUAUUGAUAAUAGACAAAGACAUGAAAAUCUCACUUUUUAUAUACAUUUUGUAAACAUUUAAAAAUCACAAAAAAAAAAAUUUUCACCUACGACAACUUAGAUGACGGCAGGCAGAUAACCCUGCAUCUAAGUUGCCGCAGGUUGUUUGUAUUAUUAGAUAUAGAUCGAAAAUGCUUUAAAAUUUCUUGGAGUUCACAUUUAUUUAUCAUGAAAAAAUAAUCAGAAACCAUUGGAAAUCCGAAAUCAUUCAUUUUCUCAUAUUGGCAUCAUAUUGAAACCCCUCUCGCUGCUUUGUAAAACAAACUGACGAAUGUUUCAAACCAACCGCUCAAGUACGUUACUUAACAUUGAAACAAGUGAAACACAAAACCUAUGUCUAAACUUAAAACAAAAAAAAAAGAAAAACCCAACGUAGAACACGAAGAACAUGUAAGCUACUCUCACUGUUGAUAAGAUUUUUUCCGAGAAAAACAAAUGACACUGAACUCUAGUUGCAUAUAAUAAAACCUAUACUUAUUGAAAAAAAAAACCUACAAAUCGUGUACCGUGUUGUUUGAAGUAUGGACAGAGGACAGUUUCCC